CAAGAUGAUGUCUCUACAGAUUCGACGAAAAUGAAGUUGUCGAGCUAACGUUUGACGAUCUUGACGGUCUUUACCUCCCCUCUGAGGCUGACGAUUUUCUCAUCUUGGAGAAUUUAGAUCAAACUACCAAUUUGCAGGAUUCGGCUACUGAUGCUCCGCCCCAGUCUGACCCAGAAAUAGCUGCACUGCUUGAUGAUGAUGAUUUAUCACGAUUUGGUUCUGAUGUUGAGGACUUGGAGGAGGAUUUCGUAGUUCAGGUAAAUUUAUGUGAAGAAGGGGAGGAUGGUUCAAUGGAUAAUAAGUUUAGUGUGGCUAAGGAUUUUGAGAAGGCGACAAGAAGCCAGAAUAUUAUUAAUAACAAAUCUUUUGGCGAUGACAUUUUUGAGGAUGCAGAUGUUGACCAUGUGGAGGAUGAUGUUGAUAAGCCACGAACUCGACAGCUUUUGGAUGAUCGAUUUGAUACCCUCUUAAGUCAGGACUAUGCAUCUAGUGACAAUAGUGACAGUGCUUGUGAUGAGCAUGAUGGUUGGGUAGCUGAAGAAGAUGAGUCCCUUGCUCAAAAGCUCAAGCAUGCCCUUGAUGAUCAUAGUAAGGAUGACUUGGACCUUGACCAAGGAUAUAAAGCUCCUGCAAAUAUAUUGAGUGGUAAAAAAGGAUCAGAAGAUCAAGAGCUUUUGCAGUCUGCCAGUGAUGUAAUUCACCGGUGUAUGGAGUAUGCUGAGUCUGCACAAGUUGAGAUGAAUUAUUACUCUUUGUCAUUAGAAUUGGAGCAAUCAAAAGCUCAGAUUCAAUUAUUAGAGGGUCAUAUCAAUAAUUUGGAUCCUGCCGUUAAGGCCUUGAAAGAGGUCAUAUUCAUGAAACCAGAUUAUGUUGAUGCUCACUGUGAUUUGGCAUCCGCUUUGCAUGCAAUGAGGGAAGAUGAGCGAGAAAUUGAGGUGUUUCAGAAGGCAAUCGACUUGAAGCUUGGCCAUGUAGAUGCUUUGUAUAUUUUGGGUGGACUUUACGUGAACUCAAAUGGUGAAGGAGCUUUUAUAGUUGUUGAAGCCUCAAAGUUUAAGACCAUUGGAGAGAAGACUGUUUUGAGACCGGAACUGUCAAAUGCUCUCAAAAUUAGAUCUUUUCAGAAGAUUACCCGAUUGAAUCGCUGUGAUGUGAAAUUUAUUAAGAAGGAAAUCAUUCAACAUGAUCUGUCAAUGUCUUAUUCAGGUGGUGGCAUGCCUAAGAAGUCCAUAAGCAAGCCUAGCUGGAAGAAAUUCUUCGUAGAUUAUUUUGUUCGAGAGAAAGUGUUAACGCAGGAUGUUGAAUUGCAGGAAAUACAUACUAAUGAGCAAGUUGUAGACAUAUUUACUAAGGCACUUGCCAAAGUGAAGUUUGAAGUUUUUCGUAGAAGCUCUCGGAGUUAUCGAGAAAUAAGCUUGCACUAA